ACAUAUACAAACAACCCGGUAUGGACCAUCCAACAAUGGCAAACAAAAGGAUUCGGAUGGUAAUCUCCGAGGAAUUGGAGAGGCGAAAGGCGGCGGCUGCGGCGGUUCAAAGGAAUGCUGUAAUAUCACAUGCAGCUGCUAAUUACAGCAGCGGCGGUUUGAAGCGUUCCCCGGCGGAGUUAUUAUGGUUGAACAAGAGAGGGUGCCCUAUCGGUACUGUUCCAAUCCGUCGUCGUCAUCGUCAUCAUCAUCACUCGUUGGAGGAUGAUGAUGUGAAGACUAAUACGGAAAGCCAUCUUGAUUUUGCAGGAGUAAUAGUAGGGAAAGCUCCAUCAGGCCAAUUCACAGGGGCUAAAGCCACAAUGACCAUAUGGAAUCCCAUACUGAGGGGAGACAACCAAUACAGCUCCGCCGCUUUGUACCUGGACAAUAUUGGAGAUAAUAUUCACAUCCGCGCUGGAUGGAUCGUGCACCCGACAUUAUAUGGUGACUCGCGCACGAGAUUAUUUAGCAGAUGGACUAGGGAAGACGGCGACUAUGGAACAACCGGAUGCUACAACAAUCACUGUCCGGGAUUUGUCGUAUUCUCCAACAAAAUCCCACUCGAUUAUCCUUUUCCCAACAUGUCCCAGUUCGAGGGUGAUCAGUUCGACACAACCAUCGAUGUUUUCCAGAGCGCUUCGGGAGACUGGGUUCUAAGUGUGGAUGAAGAAACACUUGGGAUAUGGACAGCCCCCAUAUUCUCAAGCAUGACCAGCGCCGCGACUCAAUUGCGAUUUGGAGGGGAGUGUUUCAAGCCAGAAGGCCAAGACACGAGUCCGGAAAUGGGGAGUGGGAGGUUUAGCAAUGGACAGUAUGACAAGACGUGUUACAUGCGCCGCGUGUCUUACUAUGAUUCUAUUUAUGGGAGCAACGUUGUUAGUGACGACAUGGUUCAGCUCCAUGAUUCGAGAUGCUACUAUGAAGGCUCCCAAGGUUAUAAUUUUGAAGACGAUUGGUAUGGUUACUCUUUUAUGUUUGGAGGAGCCGGCAAGGAAGAUGAAGUUAGAUGUUUAGGCGAUUAAAUUGUCCCAAGUAGAACUAAAAUAUAUCUGUCAAUAUUUUUUUUUUAUAAAUAAAACUCCUAUAUAUGCUUUUAGUUCAUUAUUCCUUGUAUAAUUUCUAAUCAAUUCAUGAGUAUUGA